AUGAGUGAAAAGCAACUGACCAAUGUCUCAGCGCCACUCAUUCCAAGUUCAACGAUUAAUACCCUUCCAUCAGUGAUUGUCUCCGGCUCAUCUGCUUCUUCUGCCACCGACACAGGCAAAAAUGACAGUGUCGUAAUAGUAAUGGGCAUAUUGGCCGCUAUCACAGCCCUUUGCAUUACUGUAGUUAUAGGCUUGUGCGUCUAUAGCGCUCUGAAACUCUUUCUGGUUAAACGCAGUCAGCCAGAGACUUCAAACAGCGGAGGAGUAGUCUUACCUGCACGUCCGAGAUUUCCGCCACAGAGUAUCAUAAUGAAUACGGCCGACACCCAGCAAUGCCAAUGCCGACUAUCCCUCAGUACUCGUCACAACACCAGGAGCCCUAGAAAUUUUGAGCCUUCCCGAAGUAUACAUUCCGACGAAUUCCAACGCUAUGCCUUAUUAUAUGAGCAAUCAAAGCCUGAACUAGAGCAGAACUGUUUCGUUGUUCUCGAUAGUGGCUGUUGCCACUCAAACUGGGUUUCACGCAGUAUUGCUCAAAAAUGCGGCGCAGAAAUAAGUGAUAUCGAGCCGCUUCCGUUUCAUACGAUCAGUAAUGAGACAUUUUGGGCGAAAGAAGAAGUCCGACUUUGGAUCCGUGACAGAAAUGAUGUACCCAUCACACAGGGUCGAUCUUUGAUAUUUUUCAUACUUCCACUUAAUUCGGAUUGUGAAGUCAUCAUCGGAAAGGAUGACAUGAUCAAGCAAGCCUCUAAAAAACGCAUGGUUCUCGGUACCAGAUUCGGGAAGGCCACUGACAAGCCCAAAACCUCAGCCGACAAAAAGCUAAACAAGAAUGAUAAAGCUGCUAAGCAUCACGAAGAGGCUCGGAGAGCGGUGGAAACGGCAUCCAGUAGUGCCAAACCCAAAGAUCAGAAGAGCAAAGAUUCUGGGAAAAAACGAUAA